AUGUCCGAUUCAUCAAUUUACCCCGUCCAACCCGUCCAACCCGUCCACUCUGACCACCUGGAAGUGGAAGUCGACCCCGUCCUGAGCCACCCCGCUGGUCUCCCGCUCCCUCUGCGGCACGAGGAGGCUAAUAAGCACCAUAAUCAUAAUACGCCCUCCUCACCCGUUGCCGCCGUCUCCGACCGCUCGCACAACCCAAAUGCAGUCCUUUCCCUAAAGUUGUCGCCGCCCGACAACGGGGACAUCGACUCCGCGACCUUGCAGCUCUCCUCGCCCGCGGGCUUCGGCGCUACUACUACUACUACUACUACUACUACCCCUGCGACGACGACGACCACCGCCGGGACAACACCCCCCACGACCACGGCGUUCGAGUCCGCAUCUACUUCCAUCGCUACUCCCUGUGCGCCUGCGCUUGCGCCCGCGCCCGCAGCCACAAUCCCACCCGCCACAAGAUCCGGAAACGAUGAUACCGUUGCUGGACCGCACCUCGCUCUGCCUCCAAUAGGCCCCGUGGCCCCGUUGGAUUCUGACAACCUCCUCUUGCACCGCCCGAGCGGCAGCAGCCGCCAUCACCACAGCCACAGGAAGAACGCCCCGUCGAUCGACUCCGUCCCGCGCCAGACGAUUAUGAAGGCGCUGGCCUCGGUCGCACGCAACAACAAGCCCGAGCCCCUGUCACUGACAGGCAUGCUGUCCGCACACAGCGCGCCCCCAAAGGGCGCCGAGAACCAGCCCAACUCGUCCUCGUCGCAACAGCUCUGCGACGCCCUCCAAGACCUCGCCCUCGCCCAAAACACCCGCUCCAACAACACCACCGCGACCCCGACCGCCGCGUUUCCCGCUUUGCAAUCCCCCUGCUUCUACCAUAACCGCUUCGACGACGCCGUCGACAUCACCAAGCUGCUCGAGGAAAUCAAGCAUGACCAAUACAUGCCCCAUUCACGCAUCGCGCAGACCACUACCAUGGUCCGCGAGAUCGCUCGGCAAAUCCAGCGCCGGCCCGUCAAGCGCGCCGUCAGGAACGUCAUGGUGGUGACCAAGGCGCGCGACAACCAGCUGGUCCUGCUGACCCGUGAGCUAGCCCUGUUUCUGCUGCAAACGCCACGAUACGGGUCCGAAGUUGGCGUCAACGUCUUCGUGGACGCCAAGCUGCGACACUCGAAGCGGUUUGAUGCCAGGGGCAUCACCGAUCUCGAUCCGCGUUUCUCGGACAUGCUCAAAUACUGGACGCCGGAGCUUUGCCUGGGCCAGCCCGAUAAAUUCGACCUUGUCCUGACUCUUGGUGGUGACGGCACCGUCUUGUUCACCUCGUGGCUCUUCCAACGCGUUGUCCCGCCGGUCCUGUCUUUCAGCCUCGGAAGCCUUGGCUUCCUGACAACCUUUGAGUUUGAAAAGUACAAGGACCACCUGAACCGCGUGAUGGGUGAUGAUGGCAUGCGUUCGAAUAUGCGGAUGCGUUUCACCUGUACCGUGUACCGGGCUGGCGUCGCGGGCCAGGAAAUGGAGGAGGCUGAGCAAUUCGAAGUCCUGAACGAGCUGGUCAUUGACCGCGGGCCGUCACCGUAUGUUUCUAACUUGGAGCUGUACGGGGAUGAUGAGCUCUUGACUGUCGUUCAAGCCGACGGCUGUAUUUUCUCAACACCAACUGGCUCCACAGCAUACUCCCUCUCCGCCGGCGGCUCUCUCGUCCACCCCGACAUCCCCGGCAUCCUCGUCACCCCAAUCUGCCCACACACGCUCUCCUUCCGCCCCGUGAUCCUCUCCGACUCGAUGCUCCUGCGCGUAUCCGUCCCGCGCAACAGCCGCGCCACCGCCUACUGCGCCUUCGACGGCAAGAACCGCGUCGAGCUCAGGCAAGGCGACCACGUCACCAUCACCGCCUCGCAGUUCCCCUUCCCCACCGUCGUCCGCACCGACAACGAGUGGUUCGACAGCGUCUCGCGGACCCUCAAGUGGAACGUGCGUGCCGCCACGCAGAAGGGGUUUGACUCGGGCGAUGGCCCGGCCGGUGCCGGCUCGGCCUCGAAUAGUGAAGACGAAGGCUGGGAUAUCGAUGCCGAUUCGGGGUUUUAUGCGAGCGAAGAGAACAGUGUGGCUGCUAGUCCGCUCAGGAGACAGAUGAGCACGGGGCUUUAG